AUGCCUAAACGAACUAAGAAUACCCGUUAUCUGUUACACACUAAAUUACUUCCAGAGGGCUUGAUAUUUUUAAAAAGAGCACCGUUGAACUCGGGCAUUGAGAAUAAUCCGACCGUGUUCUACCGUUUGAUGCCCGGAUCGACCGCCCAAACCAAUAAGUUCCACACCUUCUAUUUGCAACAAAGGGCCGAUAAUGGAUUCACUUGGGCGGAUAUAAAAGUCAAUCAUCCGUUAGACUACGAGAGCAUUAAGGAAUACAAUUUGACGAUCCGUGUUGAGAACAAUGGCGCCCAACAACUGGCUUCCGAGGCGACGGUCUACAUAAUGCUUGAAGAUGUCAACGACGAGAUUCCAUUGUUCACCGAACGAGAACAAGAAACAGUGCUGGAAGGUGAACCCAUUGGCACGAAGGUCACCCAAGUCAACGCCAUAGACAAGGAUGGCACGUUCCCCAAUAACCAAUAUUACUUUGGCUGCCGUGCUCUUCUCCCCUGCACCCCUUUCUCCGCCGCUCCACUUUUUGACGCGCGUUCGAGUACGUUAAAACGCACUGAUGACGCCCAGAGGACGCAAUCACCAAAAACGGAACGCCUGUGCUCCAUCGGUGGGUACAUUAUUAGGAUAGUGAUGAAUGAUCAUAGGCCGUAUUUAAUCGAGUCAUUGAUGGCAAGAACUUUACGUGGUCAGCUAGCGUAUAAAUAA